AUGCAGGAAACUGCGGCGGAGGAUUGGACUACAGCUGUGGUUCCAGUUUCUCGCGGACAGCCCAGUUCCUCUGCAGGAAGAUACAGCCACGAGCUCACAGGAUUGAAACCCUACACAUUCUAUGAUGUCCGAGUCCUAGUGAGAGACAGUGACAACAAGUACCGGAUAAGAGGAGCCCAAGAAGAACACUUUCGCACGCACUGUGGACGUCCUUCGGAAUCGCCUUCAUCCAUACGGAUCGAUAAUUCUCGCAGCAGACUGAUCAUUGUCAAGUGGGAGAAUCCUCCUCGGCGGUCUUGGAACUGUUGGACCAUCAAUGUCACCCUCAUGUACAGCGACAGCAGAGCUACAUUCAAUCUAACACAUUACCCAGGAUCCCAUCCAAAAACUAAUCACUCGUUCUCCACGAAGCCGUAUACUUCAUGGAACAUCAAACUUCGAAUGGAGACUCCAGAUGGAGAACCAGGAGAAUGGACUGCUAUGAACAGAGUUGUCUCCGCUCAAGAUGCUCCGUCUCCGGUUCUUGGUGUGACUGCAGUACAGAUACAUCCUCGGAGUGCAACCAUUGCAUGGCUUCCACCCAACGAGCCCAACGGGGUCCUCCGGAACUAUGGGAUUACGUACCAGGCGGAAAGGCUCUUAGCGCCACAAUGCUACAAAAGUGAAAAGGGAGAUAUGAACAGCAUCAACGUGACCUACGGCGCUCAACAGAUAACGCUUAGAGGGUUGAAGCCAUAUGCUCAAUACGUCUUCGUGAUCCGAGCUUUCACCAUCAAAGCUGGACCAGAGACGAUAUUGAGAUUCCACACUUCAGAAGCAGUUCCUGAUGGAAUGGCAUCAUUCACGUCGCCUACCAUAAAACGAGAGUACGUGGAGAUAAGAUGGUCUGACGUUCCGUGCGACCAAGCCAAUGGGAUCAUCUCUACAUAUCACGUGACUGCCCGCAGCCUGGACCCAUGGGACCCUGAAGUAUACAAUCAAACGACCACAAAGAACACGAUAACCUUCAAUACCCUAGUGCCAUACAGCCGCUACGAUGUGCGGGUGAUUGCAGAAAAUGGUGCUGGACUAUCGAGACUACACGAUUACAUGAACUUCACCACACUGCCAAUAGAGCCUCUUGCCCCCACCUCACUCGUAGUAGAACAACAAUCAAGAAGGAGCAUUUCCUUAACAUGGGACAUUCCAUACCCACCUUACGGUAUCCUGGAGAAGUAUACGAUUGUAUUUCGACCACAACACCUUACAAGUUACUCUGUGAUGAAGAAGGAAAUCGGCGCCAAAGAAGCCAUCUGUCAUGGAAUGAAAGACCGGAAGAAACAGUGUUUUACCAGCGAGGAUCUUCAGCCGGACACCAAGUACUUCAUUACGCUGAACGUAUCGUUGGUGCACUCAUAUGACGCGGAGCUGCUGAAUACAAGUCGUCCACAUUCUGCUGUCUUGUGGAACACCUCCAUCCUAUGGUAUGACCUGAAGCCCCUGUUCCCGGGUUGUACUUACAAUGUGUGCAUACAAGCAAGCACAAGGGCAGGUUUUGGACCUCCUCAAUGCAAAGAACUCAGCACCAAAGCAUCAGUUCCAUUUGUCGGCCAGCCUGGCUUGCAAGGAGUCGCCGACAAUGUGGUCGUCCUCAAACUAUCCCCGACCAGUCAUAAGAAUGGCCCCAUCAGUAACUACUAUGUGCUCGUGCUACGAGGCCACGGCAACUUCAAGGGUGACGUGACGCCGCUGACCUACCAGGAGUCUCUGGAACGUGGUUUACCCUAUUACAUGGCUGCUCGCAUCGCCCCAGGAGAGCUAAAAGAAGACAGGGCAUUUGUUGUUGGUGAUGGCUCUUCCGUGGGAGGAUACCACAAUGCUCCUCUGGAACCUGCAACCCCAUACCGGUUCGCGCUGUUGGUUGAGAGCAACUUUUCUGCGGAUGUGACGUAUGCGUACCACUUGUCACAGCCAGUCAUUGUUUCUACUGCAGUCAGCUCUAGGCCAGACAGAGAAACCACCGUGGCGGUAGGGGUCAGCGUUCUCCUCAUAUUAGCCAUUUCAGCAACGGCGUUAUACUACCUCAGCAGACGCAGACGAAACCUGUCGGUAGAACGGGAAACUGCCCUAGCACCUUUUGCCACGAACCAGGUUCUGGACAUACCCUCUGCACGUUAUGUGAAGUGUGCACCGAAAGCUGAAGAGGACGUCGUCAUGAAUACACCGCGGAGCAAAGGAACGAAUGCAGCGUUGAUACCGGUCCAACAAUUUCGGACGCAUGUCAUCAACGCUGAGGCAAACGGCACGCUCAAGGAGGAGUACAUGGCUAUUGACACGGGUGAGCUGCAUACGUGCGAAGUUGCAAAAAGGCCGGAAAACAUGCAUAAGAAUCGAUGCGGGAACGUUCUGCCAUACGACCAUUCGCGCGUUAUUUUGUCUGAGCUUCCAGGCGGUGGGUCGGAUUAUAUCAACGCAAAUUAUGUUACUGGUUACAAUAACGAUAGAAGGUACAUCGCAACGCAAGGUCCAACUCUCGCAACGGUCACCGACUUCUGGCGCAUGGUGUGGGAAUCUGGUAGCCGCAAGAUCGUCAUGCUUACCAACCUUGUGGAACAACAAGAGAUAAAGUGCGCCAAGUAUUGGCCGGAAUCAAUGGAGCAGUACGGCGACAUUGAAGUCAGGCUCCAUCGCACCGACACCACGGAUGACUUCGUUAUAAGAGAGUUCACUAUGUCAAGGGAAGAGAAGUGCCGACAUCUCCUGCAGUUCCACUUCACCAGUUGGCCCGAACAUGGCGUUCCCACUUCUCUGGAUGCCAUAUGUUCAUUUAUGAAACGGGUAAGGGGCUUUCAUCAUGAAGACUCUCCAAUCAUCGUACACUGCAGUGCAGGCACUGGUGCAACCGGUACUUUCAUUCUAAUGGACCGCGUGCUGGACCAAGCAGAAGCCCUCAAGCGGUUGGACGUGUUGUCUCACUUAAACGCUAUGCGACAAUGUCGGGCCAACUUAGUUGAGUCAUUGGACCAGUACGUCUUUGCGCACCGUGCGGUCGAUGCCCUUUGUACAGCAUGCCAUUCGAUAAGCGUCAAAGACUUCAUGAAGCGAGUGCAGGAACUCAGAGUUCCAAAUAGUGCUUCAAGAAAAAGCAUAAUUCAAGAGGAGUUUGAGGAACUCAACAGACCAAUAUAUCGACGUAACGAAACCUACAACAGCGCCCUCAGCUGCGAAAACGUCGGGAAAAAUCAAACACGUGACGUUCUGGCAGGCGACUCCAAACGAUUCCUCCUUUGCCCUCCGCAAGGUUCUGGUCGUACGGACUACAUCAACGCCGUAUAUGUUGAUGGUUACAGACGCCGCAACGCGUUCCUGGUGACUCAGUUCCCGAGACCAAACACGGUCGGGGACUUUUGGCAGAUGGUCUCGACGAGCAAGACAACAACCAUCGUCACUUUAGACAACCCGCGUCCGGCAGAUAAGAACUGCCCCCAGUUCUGGCCGGAAGUUCACCAGACUCUGAGAAACUACGGCUGCUCAGUCUGCAACACAGCGACGACGGUAAACUCUGGAAUCGUCGUGCGAACCUUUAGAGUUGAGCAGAAUGAGCAACCUUCUAGAGCAGUGCGCCAGUUCCACCUGCAACGUUGGCCGCGAUCGGCCCCGGUGCCGCCAUCUUGUGACGUCAUAUUGAACCUCAUUCAACAAGUAGAGGACUGGCAGAGUCGAUCGCCGAACACUGUGCUAGUCAUUCAGUGCACGGACGGAUGUCGUGCGAGUGGACUCUUCUGCGCUUCAAGUAUCAUCUGGAAACGAAUGAAGACAGAACAAAUGGUGGAUGUCUUUCAAAGCGUGCAGACCAUUCGAAGAAGUCGAACAGAAUUCGUGCGAGAACUGGUCCAGUACCAGUUUUGCUACGAUGUGGCCUUGGCUUUCCUCGACAACUUGAGCACCUACUCGAACUUCCAGUGACUGUGGGCAUUUAGUUCAUGGUGUUAGCCGCUUUUUAAGCUUCUAGUGUUCGCUGCAUUUGGUUGAGUGCAUGAUUGCAAUACCCUUCUAACAUCGGCAGUCUUCAAUCAAAAUUGAAACCAACGGCCAUUGAACACGGGGGUAGCGCCAUCGGGCAUGUAACGUGUUAACUUGUCAGGAAGCAUUGGAUGCAAUGAUGUUCGAGAAGUUGGCACGUUCCUCGAGAGGUGGGGCUAGGCGCACGUUCUUUGGCCAUUGGUUCCAAUCAUAAUUGAAGACUGCCCAUGUGACAGAGACGUACGUUGCGGAAGAAGAGAUAAUGGAUGCAUGAAUUGGA